AUGGCGUUCCGUGAAGAGAAGGAUACGUUUGGACCGAUUCAGGUCCCUGCCGACAAAUACUGGGGAGCGCAGACUCAGCGAUCCCUUCAGAACUUUGAGAUUGGAGGAGAGAGGGAGAGGAUGCCAGAUCAGAUAGUGAAAGCAUUCGGAAUUCUCAAGAAAGCCUGCGCACAGGUCAAUCUCGGCUACGGUUUGGAUCCGAAGAUUGGAAAUGCGAUCAUUCAGGCCUCACAGGAGGUCGCAGACGGGAAGCUCAUGGACCAGUUUCCCCUCGUCAUCUGGCAGACUGGUAGCGGAACUCAGUCUAACAUGAACGCCAAUGAGGUCAUAGCCAACCGUGCUGCUGAGAUUUUGGGAUCCAAGCUUGGUGACAAGGGCAUUGUUCAUCCCAACGACCACGUGAUGCACAUCGCUGCUGUUGUGGAGGCGCACUCGAAUCUAAUUCCGCACCUCAGGUCCCUCUACGAUUCCGUUGCAGAGAAGGCUGAGGAAUUCAAGGACAUUGUCAAGAUUGGCCGCACUCACACUCAGGACGCAACGCCGCUGACACUUGGUCAAGAAUUCAGUGGCUACGCCACGCAGAUCAAGUAUGGCAUUCGGCGUAUUGAGGACACACUUCCGCGCCUUUACCAACUCGCACAAGGAGGAACGGCUGUCGGCACUGGUCUCAACACAAAGUUGGGGUUUGACGUGAAGGUUGCUGCGGCUGUUGCUGAGGACACGAAGCUGCCAUUCAUCACUGCCGAGAACAAAUUUGAAGCACUGGCCGCUCAUGAUGCGCUUGUGGAGGCAAGCGGGGCGCUUAACACAGUGGCCGUGUCACUCAUGAAGAUCGCUAACGACAUUCGCUUCCUUGGCAGUGGCCCUCGGUGUGGUUUGGGCGAGCUUUUCCUGCCUGAGAAUGAACCAGGCAGCAGCAUCAUGCCUGGCAAGGUUAACCCAACACAGUGUGAGGCGCUCACAAUGGUCUGCGCUCAGGUGAUGGGUAAUCAUGUUGCUAUUUCGAUCGGAGGUUCGAAUGGCCACUUCGAGCUCAACGUCUUCAAGCCACUUAUGGCUGCAAACCUGCUUCAGCACAUUGGAUAUGACAAGGCAGCAGCUGUCGCCAAGAAGGCUCACAAGGAAGGAACUACGUUGAAGGAAGCUGCCAUUGCAUUGGGAGUCAUCACUUCUGAGAAGUUUGAUGAAGUAGUCGUCCCGGAGAAGAUGCUGGUUCCUGCGGCGCCGCCAGCGCCGACGGAGGAGGAGCGGCUAUGGGGUCUAGUGCGCGCCAACUCGGGGGACUUUGAGUCCUGGGUCGCGCUCAUUCAGGAAAGUGAGAAAUCGGACAAGCUCGAGAACCUGCGCGCAGUGUACGACACGUUUCUGGCGGAGUUUCCGCUGUGCUUCGGGUACUGGAAGAAGUACGCGGACCACGAGCAGCGCCACGCCAACAAGGAACGCGUGCUGGAGGUCUUCGAGCGCGCCGUCGCCGCCGUGCCGUACAGCGUCGACAUCUGGCUGCACUACGUCAACCACCUCACCGCCACCGUCGAGGAUCCCGAGGAGAUCCGCAGGCUGUUUGAGCGCGCGCUGGUGUACGUGGGGACGGACUACCUGUCGCACACGGUGUGGCAGAAGUACCUGGACUACGAGGGCGCGCGCUCCGAGUGGAGCAAGGUCGCCGCCAUCUACACGCGCAUGCUGCAGGUGCCGCUGCAGCAGCUCGACCACUACUACCACGCCUUCCGCCACUUCGCGACAACCCACACACUGGACGAGAUCCGCACGCCUGAGGAAUCCGCCGCAGCCGCGGCGGAAGUGGCGGCUGCUGCUGCCGCCGCCCUCAAGGUGCAGACAGCCGUCCCCGCCCAGCCCGCUGGGGAGGACGGGACCCCUGCUCCAGGCGCGGAGGAGGCGAAAGAGGGAGAGGGCGAGGCUAAGGCAGCAGAAGUGCCAGUGGCGAAAACAGAGGAGCAGCAGCUGGCGGAGUACCUGGCGCUGAGGGACGUGAUGUACCAGAGCAGCAAGCGGCGGGAUGGGGAGAUCCGGGAGUAUGAGGUGGUGAUCAAACGCCCGUACUUCCAUGUGAAGCCCCUGGACGAGGCUCAGCUGAACAACUGGCACCGCUACUUGGAUUUUACCGAGAAGGAGGGCAACAUUGCACGGACGAUCAACAUUUAUGAGCGCUGUGUGGUGCCGUGUGCCAACUACCCCGAGUACUGGGUGCGCUAUGUGGAGUGCAUGGAUGCUAAUAACGAGGAUGAAAGAGCCAAGGAUGCUCUGCUCAGAGCCACUGCUGUGUUCGUUAAGCGCCGCCCGGAGAUCCACCUGUUUGCCGCCCGGUACAAGGAGCAGCAUGGGGACGUGGAGGGUGCCACGUCAGCGCUGGACACGGCUGCAUCGCUGGCAGCGGGCCUGCUGGAGCUGACGGUGCAGAAGGCCAACCUGGAGAGACGACAGGCUGGUGUAGCGGCAGGGGCAGCAGUGCUGGAAGCAGCAGUGCAGGCGGAGAAGGAGAAAGAGGGAUCCAAGAUCCUGCCCUAUCUGCACCUGCAGCACGCCCGCUACCUGCUCACUGUGGGUGGAGAGGAAGACAAGGCUCGCGAGGCAUUCAAGGCAGCGAUCGAUGCUGCACCGGACAACAAGACCAUCUGGCAGGCGGCCAUAUCCUUUGAGGCGUCGCUGCCGGGUGCAUCGCCGUCGAUGCGCAUGGGGCGAGUGGAAGCUCUGGUGGCAGAUGCACUGGGUAGAGUGAAGGCGGAUAACACACCACUGCUCUCCGCUGCUGACCGUGAGGACAUCUCUACUAUCGCCGUCGAGCUAGCGGAUCUCUUUGGGGAUACAGCAGCAGUGAAGCAAGCAGCAGCGCGCCACCGCUCCCUCUUCCCCUUCAAGCGUCCCACCGCCGCCGCCACCACCGCCGCUGCCGACUCGCGCAAGCGCACCCACCCAGACGGCACCUCCUACCCCGACCGUUCCGGAGGGUACAAGCACCACCGCGCCUCUGCCCCCUCGUCCAACUACUAUGGUGCUGCGGGCGCUGGUGGUUACGGUGGAGCGGCGGGAGGGGGGUAUGGGGGGUACGGGGGGCAGAGGCAGCAGGGCACGUGGCAGCAACCGGCAGCUGCUGCUGCUGCAACGCCGGCGUCGCCUGCAGCGGCUGCUGCAGCGCCGGCUGCGGCUUCUUCGCCUGCCCAGCAGGGGCAAUGGGGAGCGUAUGGGCAACAGGUGAGGGGGAUGGUGGAGGGGUUGGGUGUGGGUGGAUGGGCAUGGAGCAUAAGGGGGUGUGGCACAGGUAUGGAGCAUAAGGGUGUGUGGCACAGGUAUGGAGCAGAAGGGGGUGUGGCACAGGUAUGGAGCAUAAAGGGUGUGUGGCACAGCAUGGUUACCGCCUCAACUACCGUUACCCGAGCAGCCCUUCAGAACGCUGAGCGCGUUCUCCGCCAAUGGCAUUCCGACGCGUCAUCACACGGCGGCGGAAGCAGCGCGAGCAGCCGACCCUCCUCCCGCAGCAGCACGCGCUCCGCGUCCUCCCAGACCAGUGACACGUCAACAGCAAGCCUCCGCCUAUGGGAAGGCUCGAGCGUCCACGUGGACGCGUACCUGCAAGCCCUAGAUUCCAUCCAAUCCGUGAUCGACACGUGCGAGUCGGGCAGAUACGGCGGAAACAGCAGCGAAGCUGCCGAGAUGCUUCACAGAGCUAAGUGGUUCGCGGCCGCGGCGCGGCCGUGGCUAGAGCAGGGCUUCUGGUACGUUCUUAAAGCGCAUUCUAAGCCGCUAGAACCGGAGGCGGUUUACCAAGCUGCGUCCAAGAGCCGAACGGGCGGCAGCAGCGGCGGCAGCGCGAGGGGGUCUAAGGGAGGCUCGGACGGCGGACCGUACCUGAUGCAGCCCCAUGCUGCAGUGCAGGUUCGGGAGGUGGCUCGGCGGAUGGUGCAGGCUGGUUUGGGACAGACGUGCCUGGAGACUUACCGCGCAAUUCGGAGGCAGGCGUUGGACAGAACUCUCGAGCAGCUGGCAGCGGGGCAGUUCCGCCCCGAGGACAUGGGGGGCGUGCGGUGGGAGGCGCUGGAGGAGCGCGUGAAGGCGUGGAUGCAGUUCGCGCGGCUGGCCGUGCGCGUCGUGCUGCUGGCUGAGAGAAGGCUAUGUGACUCCGUGUUCCAAGGGCAGGGGAAUUUGGCGGAGAUGUGUUUUCACGAGGUGGCGUCAUCCGCGGUGCGAUUCAUAUUCGCCUUUGCCGAGGCCUUUGCUCUCGACAAGCGCCUGGCGGAGCGGCUCUUCUCCAUGCUGGACCUCUAUGAGAACAUGGCGGGCCUGAAGCCUGACUUUGAUGCUGCGUGCAAAGGCUCGGUCACUCUCGACAAGCGCCUGGCGGAGCGACUCUUCUCCAUGCUGGACCUCUACGAGCUCAUGGGGGGCCUGAAGCCUGACUUCGAUGCUGCGUGUAAAGGGGACGGCCCCUGCACGGGCUUCAGGGACGACUUCACUUUGGUGGUCACUCGCCUGGAACACGCCAUCAACGCCAUCCUCACACACUUUGAAACGGGCAUUGAGAGCGACGUGUCAGACAUCCCCGCCACCGCCACCAUCCAUGGGCUCACGCGCUACGUUGUCAACUACGUGAUUCUGCUCUACGAAUACCGGGACUCGCUUGAAAGGCUGUUUAUACGAGGCGAUGCUGCUACUGCUGGGAAGAUUCACAAGCUGGUUGCUUCGAAGAAGAAGGGAGGAGGGAGGGAUGGGAGCGGGAGGGAUGGGGGGAGGGAUGGGGGGAGGGAUGGGGGGAGGGAUGGGGGGAGGGGAGAAGGUGGGUUGGAGACCCCGAGUGCGUCGAGUGGGAGUGAGAUGAGUGGGAGCGGUGAGGAGGGGAGUGGGACGGAGGGGAGUGAGAGUGAGAGCGAGGAGGAGGACGAGGAGGAAGCAAGGAGGCGGGAGCAGGCGAGGAAAGAAGCACGGAAGGGGUUCAGAGGAGCAGGGGUGCCGGAGUAUGCAGGGCUGGGGCGCAAGGUGGUGUGGCAGCUGGCGGUGUUGGAGAAGAAUCUGCAGGGCAAGGCGAGGCAGUACAGGGACCCUGCUCAGGGCGAGGUGUUUCUGCUCAACAACAUCCACUACAUGGCGCGCAAGGUGAAGGAGUCGGACAUGAGGGUGGUGGUGGGGGACGACUGGGUGAGGAGGCAGGCAGCGUUGGUGAGGCAGCAUGGCAGCGAGUAUCUGCGCUUCUGCUUCUCCCGCCUCUCCUACACACUCCGUAUCGACCCCUCAACACAGCUGCACAAGAGCACGCUCAAGGAAAAAUUCAAGGCGUUCAACAUCCUGUUGGAGGAGAUCCAUCGCGACCAAACGCGGUGGCUUGUCAACCCCGGCCCGCUGCGGGACGAGUUACGACUGGCGGUGAAGCAGCGUGUGCUCGCACCCUACACCGACUUUUAUCUCGCUUACAAGCAUGUCAUGGAGGCCUCGAGGCACCCAGGGAAAUACCUGCGGCAUGAUCCUGUGGAGGUUAAUGAGAUGCACAUGGGGCGGGGGGAUGCGGCGGACGGGGGCCUGCGCCGGCAGCAGCAGGAGCGCGCAAUCGCUGACGUCAUGGGGACGGGGGAGCUGCGCGCCGCUGUGGUCGACAUGGCGCGCGCGCUCAUCGCCGCCGACGCGAACGACCCCGGUACGGGCGGCAACCGUCGCUGCGCGCACGGCGCUUGGCGCAUGGCUCAUGGCGCAUCAGGCCUUUUCUGCUCAGGCCUCCUUUUCCCCGCGCUGUUCUUCUCCACAUCCGUCUUGCGCGGUUUCCGACUUCCCUGCUUUACUUCCUCCCCACGCCCUCCCGCGCGCCUGUUUUCCCAUUCUUCAGCGGCGGCGGAGCGCGCGCAGCAGCGCAGGCUGGCGGCGGACAUGGCUCGCGCAAUCAUGGCAGCGGAGCAGGCGGCGGCGCGCGUGAGCGACGGUGAGCGCGCGAAGCGGGCGUUCCGCAGCCUGUGGUUCGACUUCCCGUCCGCGCAGCCGCGCGACCUGGCUGCGCUCGCUGCAGAUAUCAGGUGGGGGGAAAAGAAGGGGAAGGGGAAGGGGAGAACGGGAGGGGGGCAUGCUAGGAACGAGGAGCAUGGACCAUGGGGCAUGGGGCAAGGGGCAAGGGGCAUGGGGCAUGGGGCAUGGGGCAUGGGGCAUGGGGUAUGGGGCAUGGGGUAUGGGGCGUGGGGUAUGGGGUAUGGGGCAUGGGGUAUGGGGCAUGGGGUAUGGGGCAUGGGGUAUGGGGCAUGGGGCAUGGGGCAUGGGGCAUGGGGUAUGGGGCAUGGGGUAUGGGGCAUGGGGUAUGGGGCAUGGGGUAUGGGGCAUGGGGUAUGGGGCAUGGGGUAUGGGGCAUGGGGUAUGGGGCAUGGGGUAUGGGGCAUGAGGUAUGGGGCAUGGGGUAUGGGGCAUGGGGCAUGGGGUAUGGGGCAUGGGGUAUGGGGCAUGGCGCAUGGCAUGCGGACGGACUAUCAUGAAGAGAGGAUGGUGGAAAAGGGGAUGGGGUGGGAGGGAAAAGUGGGCUCAUCCGCGCACAAGGCACAGCCAGGCGGAAGCAGCACACCCGCCAGCAUCGCAGCUUCUGCAGCCGCCGUAGGGGAAGGAGGGAGGGAAGGACCUGGGGUGACAGCGGCAGUUGGGGAAAGGGACGCUGGAGUGGGCGAGGAGCAGGGGGCAGCAGGCAGGCAGCUUGCAGACGCUGCUGCUCAGAUUGCGGCUUCUCUCCUGGUGAAGCUGCCCGCAAACUGUUUCAAGCUGCCUGGCAACGCUGGAGUGAAGGCAUUCGCAGCUGCCCUCUCCUCCUUGCACCUCGACCCUCCGGAGCUCCCCGCCCCUCCUGCCGAACCUCCGGCCGAACCUCCUACCGAACCUCAGUCAAAUGAAGCCAGAGCUUUGGGCAACGAGGCUAGUGAGACGGCUGGAGAAGGACCAGCUGUACCUGAAGCAAAUGGCAGCAGCCCCAGCGGUGCCAUGCCCGUUGCUGCCGACGUUGACGGUGUGGGCCAUGCAGAGAGGGAGACAGACGAUCGCACGGACUCAGACGAAGCAUCUGACGCAUCGGAUUGGCUCCCCCUGGAAGACGAGUCUCUCUCAUUGCCUUCCACUCUAGACCAUCACCACCAUCACCAGCAGCAGCCACAGCACCAGCAACAGAGGCACGUAGAGGAUGCCUCUGAUUGGCCAGUUCUGCUUGCAAAAUGGGCGGCAUUGGUCGGCAGCUUGCAGGGCGUUCUUCCCGGCAGUGCUGACUCAGCGUGGGGCCAGGCGGGGAUGAUUGAUGACGUGGUGAGGCUGGCGGUGCUGAUUGGCGCACAGCCAAUCACAGACGGACAGACAGAAGGCAAUAUUGGCAGCCGUUCAAUAGGCAGUGGGGAAGUGAAGGAGGGUAGGGAUGCUGAUGGGGGUGGGGAUGGGGUUGUGGAAAAGGGUGUGGAUGGGGAUAAGCGUGUGGCAGAGGGAGGAGUGGGAUGCGGUGCAGUGGGUGGUGAGGGUGCAUACCCCGUGCUGCUAUCCUUCUAUCUGGACCUCCUCUCCCUUAGACUGCUGCACAUCUGCUCUUCCUCCUCCUCCAACCCUGCCACCGGUGCCAAUGUGAUAUCACAGACAAUAGAAGCCAUCCACACUGCUGCCUCCUCCCCUCGCCUCUCCCUCCCUUCUUCCGUCUCCUCCCCCUCUCCACUCUCGAGCACUCCUCCGCCCGCCAAGCCAACCCCUCCUGCACUCACGGCUACAGCUACCUCCCUCGCCCUCCUCUCGACCCUCAUCUCUCAGCUCUCUGCCUCAUCAUCCCCCAACGCGUCUGCAGCUAAGGGGAAGGAUGAACGUGGGGGGAAAGGGGGAGCCAGAGCACCAGGCUUGGCAGGAGGUUUGGAGGAGAAGCUGGUUCGGCGGAAGGUUUGGGCGGCUGUGAACGCGUUUUGCCCUGGGUUGGGGGAUCUGGUGCAAUGGGCAUCGACCAAUCACACUGCAGCGGCAGCAGCAAGUGCGACAACAGCAACAGCCACUGCUCAAUUCUUGAUCCACUUGCAGCGGGUGCUGCUGUUCUGGAUCCAAUCCGCUGCCUCCUCCGCCCCUUCCCCUACUGUUGCUCGCACCGUUGGUGACUCGGCCAUCAAGUCUGGUCUCUGUCGAGCCCUCGUGGCAGCACACGCCUCCCUCGCACCAUCCAAGCCACGCGCUCCCGCCACACAGCAGCCCACAGACACACACGCAGCACCACCAGCCACAUCCCAGUUUCCCACGUCAUGGCAGUGGCUUGACACUGUGCUGCUCUUCCUUGCUGUAAGCGCCCUUGCCCAAUAA